AUGAGGCUCAAACUCGUCCCACGUACGGUUCAGAGACCGAGCCCCAUCCCAGCUAGAAUGGUGCGGCUUAGGUCAACUAAUACGAAUAAGAUACAGUUUACUCAACUCUUGCCUUUGGGUCCCGAACUCCAUAUGGGGAAGGAACGUUGUAGUUUGCGAGGUCUCGAUCAUUUACACGGACCCACUUCUCAUUCUAUUUGUGGUAAUUUGAUUAUUUAUAAACCGUCCCCAACGAGCGAUCGGUUAAUGUUAGAGCAUGAUGAAUCACUUCGCGCCGACCUCUUGCCCAGAAACUUCCAUGCCUCAUAUGAUCAUGGAAAACUAGAGCAUUUUCUGCAUCGGUGGAUGAAGAAUCACUCACAUCAGAAUUUAUGGUUGACCAUGUUCCCAGAAAAAAGAUACUUUUUGUCCAUUCGAAAAACGACCAGCACCACGGAAGUGGCUAUACAUACUAAUCUAUUUACGGAUCUAUAUGCUCCGAUUGGAACUGGAAGUGGAAGAACUGGCGGCUGGUAUACCACCAUAAUUCAAUUGCCUUUUCUUUUUCAUAUUCGGAUAGGAUUUCUGUUGGCUUCAUCGGGAGGCUCACUACGUUUGUUACGUCAGCUCAAAAAAGAGAAGUUGCAUUGGAAUCGAGAUAGUGGUCCGUUCAUAAUUGCAUAAAAGGUCGAGCUGAUUGAGG